AACUAAGAUAAAGUCAGACGAAUUGUAGAUACUGGCUGAGCAGUUUAGAAAAGGUGUUUGAGUGCAAGUGAAGUGAUUAAUGGUGGAUGUUGAAGGGCUUUGGAAGGCCUCAGUCUGUGAUACAAGUUCUAUAAGAUUGUUGUUGAAGGAAAUUAAGGAAGAAUAAGUAAACCUCCUUUUUUUAGUGGAAUUAGUGUUGGUUUUAGUGCCCGCUAGAUAUCAUGAAUAAGGAAGGAACUGUUCGAGUAGCAAUUAUUUUCCUUUUAGGAAACCUAUUGACCAGCGUUAGCUCUAUUAUAAUUCCUGAUCCAGGACCUCUUGUUAAUGCUACUGUAGGUGCAGUUUGGCCUAAGCCAAAGUUCCAAACAGCAACCGGAAAUUACUUUCUAAUCGAUCCAAAGAAAUUCAAUAUUUUGGCUACCGGGAUCAUUUGUGACAUCCUGGAACAGGCAAUUUCAAGAUAUACGAAAAUUAUCCGAGAUACCGUAUAUAGUCGGUUAUACCAUGCCCAUCUGGUUCGACAUGGGUCAACAACCAUAAAAAUCCUUGCUUCCCUCAGAGUGAACCUGACAUCCCCAUGCGAGCAGAGACCUCAUUUGAGCAUGGACGAAUCAUACUCCUUGGCAACAAACGGGACUAUUAUCGCACAUUCAGUUUGGGGCGCGCUUCGGGCUUUGGAGACCUUUUCGCAGCUAGUGACUCCACACGAGAAUCAAAUGCUCCAUGUUGAGGACAUCUACAUCCAUGACGAGCCACGAUUCCCUCAUCGAGGAUUGCUGGUGGAUACGUCGCGUCAUUAUAUUUCAAAAAGUAUUUUACUGACAAUCCUGGAUGGUAUGACCUACAACAAAUUCAACGUUUUUCACUGGCAUAUUGUUGACGAUCAGUCCUUCCCCUAUGUGAGUAAGGAAUUUCCUGAACUGUCCAAGAAAGGAGCUUUCCGUCCAGAUAUGGUUUACACGCAGGAGGAUGUUGCUGAAAUAAUUGAAUAUGGUAGAGUGCGUGGCAUUCGGGUUAUUCCUGAGUUUGACGUUCCAGGACACACCAGAUCAUGGGGUGAGUCACAUCCAGAAAUAUUGACUGAAUGUCAAGGUGAAUAUGAGGGUCACCUGGGUCCUAUGAAUCCAACAAAGAGCGCGACGUACAAGUUCGUGGACGAGCUAUUCCGUGAAGUUCAUGAAGUCUUCCCUGAUCAAUAUAUUCACAUUGGAGGCGAUGAAGUCAGUUUUGAGUGCUGGAGAAGUAGCAAGGAGAUUAUAGAUUUCAUGGUGCAGAACAAUAUUCCGUCUUUCCCUUCGCUUCAAAGGAUCUUUAUGGAGAGGGUAACCCGGUCAAUUAUGUCGCUUAAUAACACUCCGAUUGUAUGGCAAGAGGCCAUGGUGCGGGACGUUCGGAUGCCUCCGGAAACUGUGGUCCAAGUUUGGUUGGGAGACUGGCGCUUCCUGUUAUCCACUUUCACAAGAGGCGGUCAUCGGGCUUUACUUAGCGAAUGCUGGUAUUUGGACCACGUACAACGUGGCGGCGACUGGGAGAAGUAUUACAGAUGCGAACCUCUGGAUUUCUCUGGAACCGAGAAACAAAAGAAACUGGUCUUGGGUGGUGAAGGGUGUAUGUGGGGUGAAGCCGUUAAUGAUCAUAAUAUAUUGCCACGGAUUUUCCCUCGGGCUAGUGCCAUUGCUGAGAGGCUUUGGUCUACGCAAGAUACGAAGGAUGAAAAGGAAGCAAAACGACGUCUAGAAGAACAUGUUUGUCGGAUGAAUUUACGUGGUGUACCAGCACAGCCUGCAAAUGGACCAGGCAUAUGUUAGGUUUUCAAAGGGAUGUAAUGAAGGCAAACCGAUUUUUUUUAAAUUUUCA